CCCGCCUGGCUAAGCGGUAUGUUUUAAAGUCGUCAAGGAUUUGGAGAUUACUUAACUAUUUGGAUUUUUUUUAAUGAUUCACAGGGGUAUGAAUUUGUGGUAUCCUAUACCUCAAAACAAAGCCAACCUCUGUGUACUUUGCUGACCGUGAUUAAGCGAACGCGGAAACAACCAGCGGGGAAUGCUCUCGUUUUCUUCGACUCCUGCACCGUUUUCGUCGCGAGCGCCGCGGCACUGCCUGCCUUGCCCUCACGAGGGAACCAGCCCAGUCUCGCCAGCGCACAACGGCGGUCGAAGAUGGCGCUAGUCGAAUGGAAAUCCUAAUGACAGUCUCCAAAUUUGCCUCUUUUUGUACCAUGGGCGCCAAUGCCUCUGCUCUGGAGAAAGAGAUUGGAUCUGAGCAGUUUCCGGUCAAUGAGCACUACUUUGGCCUGGUCAACUUUGGAAACACCUGCUACUGCAACUCGGUGCUGCAGGCUCUCUACUUCUGCCGACCGUUUCGGGAGAAGAUCUUGGCGUACCGCAGUCAGCCUCGGCGGAAGGAGAACCUGCUCACCUGCCUGGCCGACCUGUUUCACAGUAUUGCCAACCAGAAGAGGAAAGUGGGAGUGAUACCACCAAAGAAGUUCAUCACACGGCUUCGCAAAGAGAACGAGCUGUUUGACAAUUACAUGCAGCAGGAUGCCCAUGAAUUCCUGAACUACCUCCUCAACACCAUCGCGGAUCUGCUUCAGGAGGAGAGAAAGCAGGACAAGACCAACGGCCGCCUCGCCAACGGCACAUUAGACUCUCAGAACAACAACAGCAAUGCCACGCCCGCUCCAACCUGGGUCCAUGAGAUCUUUCAAGGCACUCUCACCAAUGAGACGCGCUGCCUUACCUGUGAAACGAUUAGCAGCAAAGAUGAGGAUUUUUUGGACCUUUCCGUGGAUGUAGAACAGAACACCUCCAUCACGCACUGCCUCAGAGGUUUCAGUAACACGGAGACACUGUGCAGCGAGUACAAAUACUACUGUGAAGAAUGUAGAAGCAAGCAGGAGGCACACAAGAGGAUGCGUGUCAAGAAGCUGCCAAUGAUCUUGGCGCUGCACCUGAAGCGCUUCAAGUACAUGGAGCAGCUGCAGCGCUACACCAAGCUGUCCUAUCGCGUCGUCUUCCCCCUGGAGCUCCGCCUCUUCAACACCUCCGGGGACGCCACCAAUCCGGAGAGGCUGUACGACCUGGUGGCUGUGGUGGUGCAUUGUGGGAGUGGGCCAAACAGGGGUCACUACAUUGCCAUCGUGAAAAGUCAUGACUUCUGGUUGCUGUUUGACGAUGAUAUUGUUGAGAAAAUCGACGCGCAGGCCAUAGAGGAAUUCUACGGCCUGACUUCUGAAAUCUCCAAGAACUCCGAGUCGGGCUACAUCCUCUUCUACCAGUCCAGAGACUGAGCGCGGAGCCUGCGUGUCUGCCACAGGAACCAGAGGAGACGCUGCGUUCCCUCUUUCGACGAGGAGCGGCGGACUGUCGACGCGCCGCCGCAGCAGCCCGCCCGGUGCCACACCUGCCCGCACAGCUGUAUUUAAUUAUUGUGCUUUUUACGUGCUCAGCCGUGAAAGUUCCUCCUCCGUGCCAGCCUAUUCUCCCGCCCCCCCCAAAAUCCCACGUCCUCCCCACCCCGUCCCCGUCACUCUGGCUGGACGCUGCUGCCUGGACAACGAGACGAUAAUGAAUGCAAACUGUGUCGAUUUGUUUUUAAGAAAAAGACGCUGAAUGAGGAUUGUACAGAUAAUUGGUCGGUCCAUUGAGUGGCAUAUUUUGAUUAUUAUUAUUUUUUUCCUUGGGUGAGGGGUUGAAACGGUAUUUAAUAAUUCCUGACACGUAACAUCGGCCUGGUUUUCACCCCCCUUCCUUUAGUCUGCACUGGGGUUUACCGAGAGCGGGUCAUAUUUGUGUGAUGCGGAUGUGAUCUGGGGGGAGGGCUGAGUCUCCCACUUGUGGGACACGCUGGGUUGUGUAUUUCUACAGUGUACAGAAUGGUAUUUGUAUAAAUAUAACAAGAAGAUAUUAUCAUUGGAAAUUGUUAGACCUUGAGAAGAUGUAUUAACACUAUGGUGCACUUUUGAUACCGUUUUGUAGGUGUUGGCAAGUUAAUUGUGAGGGUUUGCUUGAGAAGGCCUGUUGUAAAGCGAUUAUUUUCUGUUUUAAAGAAAACGAAAUAAAGCCAGUAAGAUUGA